AUUAGGUUGAACUUUGUUAGAGGCUAUAAACAAAGAUGGCAGCCUCCUUUAAGAAAAUAAACGUGAAAACGUACCAAAAAACUGGCGAAAAAGUCACCACUGAUACAUUGUACUGGAAAAAUUUAGAGGUGCCAGUAGUAAAGAAAGAAUAUGGUGCUAUAUCUCACAUUGACUUCAGUCCGAUCUCUCCUUAUCAGCUGGCAGUGACCAACUCAACCAGGGUCCAAAUCUACAACUCCACCUCUCUCCAGAUCCACAAAACCUUAAGUCGUUUCAAGCAGGUCGCAUACUGUGGUAGUUUCCGUAGCGACGGUAAACUGUUGGUUGCAGGGGGAGACGAGGGGUCCGUCAGGUUGUUUGACGUCGCCAGCAAAAACAUACUCAGAAUCUUCAAAGGCCAUGCUGGGUCUGUACAUGUAUCGCGGUUUCUGUCAAGCAACACCCAUGUCCUGACGGGCUCGGACGACAAUACAGUGAGGAUCUGGGACAUUCCCAGUGAACAAGAGCUCGUCUCAUACAGCGAAAACCAGGACUACGUGCGAUGUGGGGUGGCCAGUCAGUCAAGCAAAGACAUUGUCCUCACAGGUUCAUACGACCAUACAGUGCGGUUGUUUGACACGCGACUGGACAAGUGUGUGAUGUGUGUGGACCAUGGAGCACCAGUGGAGAGCGUACUCAUGUUUCCAACUGGCGGACUCUUCGUCUCUGCAGGAGGUUCGUGUGUACGUGUGUGGGACGCGCUGGCUGGCGGGAAGUUGGUGACCACGCUCUCCCACCAUCACAAGACCAUCACAUGCCUGGCCUUUGCCUCCAACCACCAGCGACUCCUCUCCGGGGCCCUUGACAGGCACAUCAAGAUCUAUGAUGUGAGCAGCUACCAAGUGGUUCAUACACUGGACUGUCCCGGUGCUGUACUCAGUGUUGGAGUCUCGCCUGAUGACAGUCUGCUGGCUGUGGGAACUGUGGAGGGACUGGUCUCCCUGCAGCGCCGAAAACCAGACACUGCCGCAACACAGACUCAGAGCAAAAAGAAACCAAUAUCCUUCAGAUAUGGUCUCAGAGGGAAAACUAUAGUGCCUAGCAAGGAUGACUAUGUGGUGGAACACCGUAAGAAGGAGAAGCUGGCCCAGUAUGACCGAUUUUUCAAGAAGUUUGAACACAGCAAGGCUCUCGACUCAGCACUAGAGAGCAAGUUGCGUGCAACGAUGCCACAGGUGACGGUGGGUGUGAUGCAGGAGCUAGCCCGGCGGGGGGCUCUCAGGUCUGCGAUUGCAGGGCGAGAGGGAGGACAGCUAAAGUCACUUCUAUCAUUCAUACGCAAAAAUAUAUCCAACCCACAGCUGAUGCCUACUUUAAUAGACGUAACAAACAUCAUAUUAGACAUCUACGGUAGCCAGAUGGGUCGGUCGUCUGUGCUGGACACAGCGCUCCAUCAGCUCAAGGUCACAGUAGACCAGGAGGUCACAUACAUGACCCAGAUGUUAGAGGUCAUAGGUCAGCUUGACACACUCUUCUCCGCCUCCCAGGCAACACAGCCAGCCAAUAAGAAUGAAGGAAAUGGUUCAUGUGACCUAGGGGAGUUGUUGACUAUGAAACCCUCCGAGUCUGCUACAGCAGCAUUCUGAGAUUAGUGGUGUUGUUGUGGAUGAUGUGCAUGCAUGAAUGGCCAUGUGUUUGUUAGAGGAAUUAUGAUGUAUCAUUCAAAAGCCUGAAUAAAAAUAAUAAACAUUUAGAA